ACGCCAUCGCCCUAGGAACAAUUAACUUAGCUUUUCCUACCUUCCUGAUUUAGAGGUUUUCCCAUCGGAUUCGGGGAAACGCUCACAUAGUGUCUGGACUGGAGCGUGAAGCGUCCGAGAGUAAAUACGAGUGAUAGUAGCGUAAAACGCGCCGUACAUAGCAUUGGCUACAUAGUCUCAGACCAGGAGUGUCUCGUUUGCCGGUUUCCGCCGUCUCGAAUUGCUUCGGUUGGAGCGCUUUUCGGUUUAAGGGGUGUGUGUUUUGGUUGUGUAGUUCCCGCAACACAUCGCCUCCCUCUAAGGACUGGAACGGGAAAUUCUGGACGGUGUGCAACAAGUGAUUCAUUCCUAUCGUGGGGCGGUUGUUGUAGUGUGGAUUAGUACUGGGACGUGUGGUGGACAGCGAAAAGUGUGAUUUGGUUCGUGAGAAAGCGUCAACCGUUGAGCGAUGAUAAAGUGAUAACAAUUAAACGCGAUACGCGAUAGUGUGCCAUUCGAGUAGAUAGAUAAACGGAUACAGUGUAGAUAAAGUGGAACUGAACGUUUUGCAUAGUGGUGGAAGAGGUUUGCCCGGAAACUGAAGCUGAUAACGAAUUCAGAUUACAUUCUGAAAACUGAUAAACCCAGAAAGAGGAUAAUCGGAAAAGCCAACCAUUUUACGACGACGGCUUACUGGAGCUGAUCACAGAAGGGAAUCAGCCAAAGUGCUUUUCAUCUCGACUCUUCACCGCAACAAGUCAAGCAAAAGCCGCAAAAAUUGCUCUCACCGAAACAAUGCCCGGAACCUGUCACAGGCUCCGCAUCCCGUCUCUCGUCACCUCCUCCCGGUCCUCACGGGGAUCGAACGACAGCGAACCGAUGACGCCGAAAAAGGAACGCCACCGGGUUGCAAUGAUGGGGGCGGCCCGCGUCGGAAAAUCGUCCAUUAUUUCGCAGUUCCUGUACGAAAAGUACCUUUCGCGGUACAAGCAAACCGUGGAGGAUAUGCACCGGGGCGAGUAUGAACUACCGGACGGAUCAUGUUUGACGCUGGAUAUUCUCGACACUUCCGGAUCGUACCAAUUUCCGGCGAUGCGGGCCCUGUCCAUCAACACGAGCGGAGCUUUCAUUUUGGUGUACGCUGUCGAUGACGAGGAAACGUGGUUCGAAGUGGAACGACUCCGUGGACAGAUUGUGCAGGCACGUGGUCUGCGCGUUCCCAUUGUAAUCGUUGGCAACAAAGCCGAUGUCCCGGAAGAAGUCCGCCAGGUGCCGUUGAAAGUCGCACAAGCUAAGGCAACCCUGGAGUGGAGCUGCGGCUAUGCUGAAUGCUCCGCCAAAAACAACGAAGGAAUCUUGACUGUCUUCAAGCAGCUGCUCCGCCAGGCCAACAUCGAAUACAACCUGAGUCCGGCCGUGAGGCGACGAAGGAAAUCCCUGCCGAGCUACACCAAUCAAAAUCAGAACCGCUCCCUCUCGGCUCGGUACUACCUUAAGCGGCACUCGUGUGCUAUUCAGUGAACGACAACGAUGAUGACAAUUUUCCCGGAAAAUUGUCUUGGUUGCUUCUUCGUAUAUUUUUUCCACCAGUAGCGAAUUGCGUAGGAGGGCGAUUCUAAACAUACCGACGGUGUGUCUGAAGUCGUUAUUGUCGGAAAAAAAUGUCCAAGAAAUUGACAACUACAUUCAAAAGAUUAAGUUUUUAAGCAUAUUUUCCGUAAGUUUUAAAAUAUUUCAACGAGGGAAGGUUCUGGACUAUGUUAAUAGGGAUAUGUUUAUCGCAAAGUAUAUAGUAACAUGGUUAUUUCGCAAAUCAAUAUGAUACACUGUUAAAGAAUAUUCUGAAAU